CUUCGUGGCGGCUACUUCCGGUGUGUAAAUCGAGCACUGUGCGGUAGAAGUAGCCGAGCAGCGAGCUAGCGGAGCUACAUUCUCGUUGGAGGCAAUCUAGUAGCGGCGCUUGACCGACCUCUUCACUCAUGUUUGCCCGCUUUGUGCCUCUCCUGCCGCUUCUUGUGCUGGCCGCUCCCGCACACGCUCACUUCUUCCAGCUGGAUACGCUGUCCAACACGUCCUUGUACUAUUUUAACUACAUUUACUGCAACAUUUGGGAGGGCGAGUGUCAGCCUCACCAGGAUGAUGCGACGCAGCAAGUUCCUACCAGGGACUUUUGGGCCGGUUUCCCCCAGGAUUACACGGAACUGCUAUACCGCUGGUACUGCAACCUGGGUCAGUGCUGCGAGUCUGGAGACUGCAGGGUGACCAACAACAUCACUGGUUUGGCUCACGAUCUCCAGAACAAGUUGCAUGGGCAGCACCUGGCCCAGCCUGUGGUUCUGAAAGCAAUCCAGGGCUUCAUCAACCACCCGGAGUCCAACAAGCCCCUCACGCUCUCCUUCCAUGGCUGGUCGGGCACUGGGAAGAACUUUGUGGCCCGGAUGGUUGCUGAUAAUCUUUAUCGUGACGGGGUGAAGAGCGAGUGUGUCCGUCUGUUCAUCGCCCCGUUUCACUUUCACCACGCCAGGAUGGUGGACACGUACAAGGGUCAGCUGAGAGACGCCAUCCGGGACACCGUCCUCCGAUGUUCCCAGACUCUGUUCAUCUUCGAUGAGGCCGAGAAACUGCACCCGGGCCUCAUCGACGCCAUCAAACCAUACAUGGCCCACUAUGACAACGUGGACGGGGUCAACUACCGAAAGGCCAUCUUCCUUUUCCUCAGUAAUAUCGGAGGAGCUGCGAUCAACGAUGUCGCAUUGGACUUUUGGCACUCUGGUCAAAACCGAGAAGACAUCGGGAUGGAGGAUUUGGAACACCGACUACGAACUGAAACAAUGGAAGCUCAAGGCGGUUUUUCCAAGAGCGAGCUGAUGUCCGGUCACCUGAUCGACUUCUUCGUGCCGUUCCUACCACUGGAGUACCGUCACAUCAAGCUGUGCGCGAAAGACGCCUUCGCCGCGCGAGGCCUGGAGACCGACGAGGCCACGCUGGAUGAGGUGGCCAAGGCCAUGCUCUACAUUCCCAAGGAGGAGAGACUGUUCUCGGCCCAGGGAUGCAAGUCCAUCCCUCAGCGGAUCAACUUCUUUCUUCCUUAGAAGAAAUGAGAGAAAGAGAGAGACACGUCUGGAGUAGAUGUGCAGUGCGCACCCUUACGGGUGCGAAACACGCAAUUACAGGUUCCUCGUGCACGGUUACCUAGAGCACUUCCUGUAUGAGCGGGAUGAACAAAGGGCCGUCGCAUCAGUCGUGCGGGAGUGAAGGAGUGCGCGGCUCUUUGUUACAGAUGCUCGCUUGACACGAACACCACACGGUUGACAACAGUGGGGGAAAUCAUUAUCAAAGGUUUGCUUACGAAGAAAAAAAAAGUCUAUUCACAUAGAAGGCGGUAAAAGUUGUCAUGUUGCAAUUGAAUGGAAAGGCAAGUAACCAGUCACCAGUUUUUGAAGACCCACAUGAUGUUGCGUACAAUUAUUAUAUGCACACUGAAUCUACCAAAUGAAAUAAUUGACACUCCUUUCACCGUGAAAAAAAUCCCCAUUUUGAAUCCGCCUUAUUUUUGUUCUUUUGUAAACAGCAGAAUGAAGAAAGGUUUAACAAUGCAACCAUUUCCAUCUCUUGACUGAAACUUGGUUGAUCUCAUCUAAAAUGGCAAUCGCUACCAUCUACUGGUGGUUGUGCAUCAGUAAAGCCGUUUUUUUUUUUUCCCCAAGCUUGAAAUUUACAUUGGAGCACCAUUAGACUUGUAUAAAGAAAGACCGGUAAAAAUUGAUGAAACUCCUUAACUGCGCUAAAGCAAAUGUUGAAGGGGUAAACUCUGAAAGGUAAUUCAAUUUUUAUUUAUUUUUUUACAGUAACAAUACACACUACCUGCUCGGAUUAAUUUGGCACAAUGAAUAUAGGUGAUGCUUAACACAGGAGAUUAUUUUCUUUGUAAGGGAUCAAGUAAUUAUUUCCCCUACUGUACAGACUGUGGAAAAAGUAUGGGGACACUUUUUUUAAUGCUCUUUUUCCACUUUCCUCGUUGUGACAUUGUAUCAGAAAAUAGCUUCACAAAACCAAUUUCAGCUCGGUGGGAGUCUGGGUAUGUUGAUUUAUUUUCGUUUGAGUCACUAGUAUUCAAUGAGAGUUUUUUGCACAGUACAAUGUUUAACCACCCUCCACUUAUCUUUAUAUUGCAUUCUGUUAUCUUUAUGCGGUCAGGUUUAAAGCGUUACUACUGUAUGUUUGACUUUCUUUGUCAACUUAUGUGUCGUACGUAUUGUGGUUGGUAAUGUUAAAGGGCAAUAUGAAGUGUAAUAUUGAAAAGCAAUUCAUGUACUGUAAUACAUUGUAUCAAAAUAUGUUUUCAUGAUUACUUAAAAGUACUUUUUAAUUACUAAGGUAAGAGAAAUUCUACCAUGUGUUUUGUUUUGAUGUAUUUAUAAGUGCUGAAUAUGUCAACUUUAGGUCAUAGGUUUUAUUGUCAUGUGAUUUUGCUAUUGGAAUGUUUAAAUUUCACAUCUCGGUAUGAAUAUGAAAAGAAAACCUCCCAUUGUUUCUGUUAUGCCCCAAACCCAAAUGAAGAAAUAAUAAAUGCUCAGUGCUUUGUCCUCAUAA